AUGUUGUUCGAAUGUCCAUGGGAUUCUGGGAUAACGCAGAUUCGUCACGCCAUCGAGGAGGCCACAGCCAAUGCCUUUCAAAGGGAUCCUGACUUCAUAAGGACCCCCCUGUCCAAAAUUAACGCAGAGGCUGUAGCUCUGCACAAGGCUGGUCAUCAUAUUGCCGCUGUCGCAGCAUUCGCAAAAUUAUUCGAGAGGGCGCGGGUCAAGAAUCUGGUGCAUGCAGAGCUGCAUGUCUGCUACAGCAACCGUGCGGCGGCGUUUCUUGCCCUGGAGCUCUGGCAGGAAGCACUGGUGGACGCAGAACGUGCGCGUGUGCUGACACAGGCAGCGCUCAAGCGCAGCCCAAAGACGUCCGGCCCCGCCUAUGUCAAGACUUUUGCCCAGAAGGGCGCCGCGCUCAUGGGCAUGGGGAGGCACAGAGAGGCAUCACUGGUGCUGGAGGAGGGCUCCAAGAUGGACCCCCUCAAUUGCCAAAUCAGGACGCACCUCCAGACCGCCACACAAAGCAUCCUCAGAGACUUGUUGGAAGGCAAGGGGAAGGAGCUGAGGCUACUUACAGCGCCGGACCCCACGCAGCGGAUAACAUAUCAUCCCCAUUCGACACCCCUGCACAGAAUCAAGACCGACAACAUGCUCCCCAACCAGCUCUUGACCCCCUUCCAGGCCUGUGCGGACAACGAUCAUCAUGUGAAGGACACAUACAACUACGUGACGGUGCAAGCGGACGUCAAAGUGCCCGGCCGCCAUUUCGCGUAUCUGGAGAACGGCGCCCGUCACGCGGCGUUCCAGAGCGCCAUACAAAUCGCGGUGGACCGCAUGCAUGCCGACGACAAGGAUGCGCGCGUGCUCAACCUCGGCUGCGGCGCAGGCUUGCAUGCGAUGAUGGCGCUGCGUGCAGACGCAGAACAUGUGACUGCUGUUGACCGAUGGCUCUACAUGGCCCUCGCAUGCAAGGAAUCUCUGGUGGCGAACAAUUUCUCAGAGGAUCGUUUCAGCGUCAUCUACAAGCGCCCCACAGAUCUGGCCCUGCUGAAGGACGUGCCCAUCUGCUGCAACAUCCUCAUCUGUGACAUGUUUGACGAGGGGCUGCUGACGAGUGGGAUCAUACCGGCCAUGAGACACUGCAUGCAGAAGAUACUGGCGGACGAUACGAUACUCCUCCCUGCAUCCGCCACCGUCUACAUGCAGGCGGCGGAAGUGCGCACGGCUCCAGUGUGCGGCCUGGACAUGAGCGCUGUAGACCGACACAGAUGGACGCCCGCCUUCACCACAGGCGUUCCUCUGGCAGACGGCCUAUACAGGCCGCUUUCAGAGCCCAUAGAGGCAUGGCACUUUGACCUGCGCUGCCCGCCAGAGGAGAGCGGCCGAAAAGCGCUGGAUGUGGAGUUUACUGCGGAUGGCGUUUUCAACGCGGUUGUGUUUUGGUACACGCUGCAUCUCAUCGAUGGCAUCAUCAUUUCCUCUGAGCCGGGAGCUGCCACGUCAGCGCCAGGCAUGCAGCCGGCAGUGCAGUACCUGGCAGGGGAGCUCAAAAUCGAGGCUGGGCAGGUGUUGCCUGUUCUGGCGACACACAACACCGUCCGCCUGCGCUUUGACAUAGAGGAGGCAGAGUAUCUGCACCUGGCCAAGCCGGAUGCAGCGUUCCCUCCAGGCCACUUCUCCAUGCUGGCAGACACUCGCAGGAACCAGGCAAGACACCUUUUCUGUGAGGCAAUAGGUAGGGCUGUGGAGAGGUUGAAGGCAGCAGAAGGGGAGGUGCACGUUCUGGACAUGGGAUGUGGCACUGGCCUCUUCGCAGCAAUGGCGGCCAGGGCAGGUGCCUCCAGCGUGGUGGCAUGUGACCUGCAUGACAGCAUGUGCACCACCGCACGCAAGGUUGUGGCGGUGAAUGGGCUGUCUCACAAGGUGUCCGUGGUGCAGAAGGACAUCGCCCUCUUAGAACGUGGCCACGAAGUGCGCUAUCUCGGUUGCAACCUCGCCAUCGCCGAUCUCUUUGAUGCAGGGCUCCUGGGAAACAACUGGCUGUAUCUGCUGGACAUGGCGAAGAAGAAUGUUCUGCAGCCGGGCGCGACUGUGAUCCCAGCCGCUGCCACGCUCUACUGCAUGGGCAUUGAAGCUCGCACCGGGGAUGUCUGCGGCUUUGACUUGUCUGCCUUCAACAAGUACAGGUGGGACAAGCAGUACUCGGCAUGUUUCCUGGAUGAUAUGCCACACAAGCGGCUGACACGGCCGGCAAAGGUGUUUGAAUACUUCUUCGAUGGCAUGCGCAAGGGCCGCGGCCGGGAGAACAUCCUGCGCCUUGAGGUGGUGGAGGCAGGCCACCUGAAUGCAAUAGCCUUCUGGUUUGACCUCCACCUGGACGAUGAGGUCAGCAUUACUACAGCGCCCGCCUGCAUCGGCCUGGGCGGUGAGCUCAUCGGCGAGUCAUCGGGGCCGGCAGGCGCCAGCUCAGCCAACCCUGUCAAGACUCGAGGCAAGGCUGCAAUACAGGGAGAUGGCAGCGCCGUAGAUGCAUCAGAACCACAGAGCUGCAAGGGCUUCAUACCUGCCAAGGUGUGGUUAGGAGAGCCAAGCGAGUCAGGUCCAGACAGUCAGGCCAGUGCAGGACCGCGCAGCAAGGUUGAAAGGCACUACUGGGGCCAGGCACUGCAAUAUCUGGAAAAGAGCACUGAUGUCAUGCCAGGCAAAAAGGUGACGCUGCUGGCGACGAGGGAGGGCGGCCAGGUCAGCUUCCGGCUACGUGAGGGGGUGGGAGAUUGGGUGGAUCGAGCCCCAUGGCGUAUUGAGUGGGGCGGUGGUUCCUCAGUGGAAAAUCCCCACUACCAGCGCGUGCACUACUGCCAGCUUCUGGUGAGCGACUUCCUGAUGCGCGUGAAGAGUGGACGCUUCCCCAGCAUUGAGAAGGACAUGAAGAUGGUGCUCGCGCAUUGCGGCUCCCUCUUCCUGGACCCAGCCUCCCUCUGGCAGGUGUAUCAUGAGAUGGUGGUUUUGGAGCGCAUUCACACAAACCCGCACUUCAGCCCUGGGGUGUCAUUAGAGGCACUAACGCGGCAGCCGCUGCGCUUGCACUAG